AAAAAAAAAAAAUCCGCGAGAGCAGAGGCGGGAGAAGAUGGCGGUGCCGGGGGAGAGUUUGCAAUCUUUCUGAUUAAGACAGGCGACUAGCUGUUUCGGGGCGAUGGCGUCAAACUCAACCAAGUCUUUCCUGGCAGAUACCGGCUACGGCGAACAGGAACUGGACGCCAACUCUGCGUUGAUGGAAUUGGACAAAGGUCUUAGAUCUGGCAAACUCGGUGAACAGUGUGAAGCAGUUGUUCGCUUCCCUAGGCUUUUCCAGAAGUACCCAUUCCCUAUUCUCAUCAACUCAGCAUUCCUGAAGUUAGCUGACGUCUUCAGAGUUGGAAACAAUUUCCUGAGGCUCUGUGUUCUUAAAGUGACUCAACAAAGUGAGAAGCAUUUGGAGAAGAUUCUAAAUGUGGAUGAAUUUGUGAAGCGGGUUUUCUCUGUGAUUCAUAGUAAUGAUCCUGUGGCAAGAGCCAUCACACUCCGGAUGUUGGGAAGCCUGGCGUCCAUAAUUCCUGAGAGGAAGAACGCUCAUCACAGUAUUCGCCAGAGUUUGGACUCCCGUGAUAAUGUGGAAGUGGAAGCUGCCGUUUUUGCUGCCGCCAACUUCUCUGCACAGUCGCAGGAUUUUGCUGUAGGAAUCUGUAACAAAAUCAGUGAAAUGAUUCAAGGCUUAGCUACGCCAGUGGACUUGAAGCUGAAGUUGAUCCCUAUUCUGCAGCACAUGCACCAUGAUGCAAUCUUGGCUUCUAGUGCUCGCCAGCUUUUACAGCAACUAGUCACGUCCUAUCCCUCCACCAAAAUGGUCAUUGUUUCUUUGCACACAUUUACUCUCCUUGCGGCUUCAUCUCUGGUCGAUACACCUAAGCAGAUUCAGCUUCUACUGCAGUAUUUGAAGGACGAUCCCAGAAAAGCAGUAAAGAAACUUACAAUUCAAGAUCUGAAAUUACUUGCCAAUAAAACACCACACACUUGGAGUAGAGAGAAUAUUCAGGUACUCUGUGAAUGUGCCCUCCAGACUCCUUAUGACAGCUUAAAACUGGGGAUGCUGUCUGUCCUCUCCACACUGUCAGGGACCAUUGCCAUCAAACAUUACUUCAGCACAGUGCCAGGAAACGUAGGUUCUUCCAUAGGAUCCUCUGAUUUAGUCAGAUUAGCCCAGGAGUGCUGUUACCAUAGUAACAGGGGCAUUGCAGCUCAUGGAGUGAGAGUGCUAACAAAUAUAACUGUGUCUUGUCAAGAGAAAGAUCUUUUGGCACUGGAACAGGAUGCCGUCUUUGGCCUGGAAUCCCUUCUGGUGCUUUGCAGUCAAGAUGAUAGUCCAGGUGCUCAGGCUACUUUAAAGAUUGCUCUCAAUUGUAUGGUGAAGUUGGCUAGGGGCCGGCCCCACCUGAGCCGCUCUGUGGUGGACACUCUGCUCACUCAGCUUCACAGUGCCCAGGAUGCUGCCCGGAUCCUGAUGUGCCAUUGCCUGGCAGCCAUUGCCAUGCAGCUGCCAGUGUUGGGCGAUGGGAUGCUUGGUGACCUCAUGGAGCUCUACAAGGUGAUUGGACGGUCAGCCACGGACAAGCAACAGGAACUUCUGGUAAGCUUGGCUACUGUGAUUUUUGUCGCCAGCCAGAAAGCAUUGUCUGCUGAAAUAAAGGCCGUAAUAAAGCAGCAGCUGGAAAGUGUCUCCAAUGGGUGGACUGUGUACCGGAUUGCCAGGCAGGCUUCCAGAAUGGGUAAUCAUGACAUGGCCAGAGAACUUUAUCAGAGUUUGCUGACUCAGGUGGCCUCAGAACACUUCUACUUUUGGCUGAAUAGUCUGAAGGAGUUCUCACAUGCUGAACAAUGUCUCACUGGGUUGCAAGAGGAGAAUUAUAGCUCAGCACUUUCUUGCAUUGCCGAGUCUUUAAAAUUCUACCACAAAGGGAUUGCUUCCUUAACAGCUGCCAGCACACCACUGAACCCUUUAAGUUUUCAGUGUGAGUUUGUCAAGCUCAGGAUUGAUCUUCUCCAAGCCUUCUCUCAGCUUAUCUGUACUUGCAACAGCCUCAAGACCAGCCCUCCCCCUGCAAUUGCCACUACCAUUGCCAUGACCUUGGGGAAUGACCUUCAGAGGUGCGGCCGAAUCUCCAGUCAGAUGAGGCGGUCCACAGAAGAGUUCCGAAGCCUUGCUUCCCGGUAUGGGCGUCUUUAUCAGGCAUCUUUCGACGCGGACUCAGCAACUUUGAGGAAUGUGGAACUACAGCAGCAGAGCUGUUUACUGAUAUCUCACGCAAUAGAAGCCUUGAUUUUGGAUCCAGAAUCAGCAAGUUUCCAGGAGUAUGGGUCCAGUGGAGCAGCCCCUGCAGACAGUGAAUACGAGAGAAGAAUGGUGUCUGUGUAUCAUCAUGUCUUAGAGGAGGUGGAGUCGCUCAACCGCAAAUAUGCCCCCGUUUCCUACAUGCACACAGCAUGCCUCUGCAAUGCCAUUAUUGCUUUGCUGAAAGUACCCCUUUCGUUCCAGAGAUAUUUUUUCCAGAAACUGCAGUCUACCAGUAUCAAGCUUGCUCUGUCACCAUCUCCCCGGAACCCCGCGGAGCCCAUUGCUGUGCAGAACAACCAGCAGCUGGCACUGAAGGUGGAGGGCGUGGUUCAGCAUGGGUGCAAACCAGGACUCUUCCGUAGAAUUCAGUCCGUGUGUCUGCAUGUCUCUUCCACACUUCAGAGUAAAUCUGGACAGGACUACAAGAUACCCAUUGACAACAUGACCAACGAGAUAGAACAGAGGGUCGAGCCUCAUAACGAUUACUUCAGUACCCAGUUCCUGCUGAACUUUGCUAUCCUCGGAACACACAACAUCACAGUGGAAUCCUCGGUAAAAGACGCCAAUGGCAUCGUGUGGAAGACUGGCCCCAAAACAACCAUAUUUGUCAAAUCCCUGGAAGACCCUUACUCCCAGCAAAUUCGCCUGCAGCAGCAGCAGCAGCAGCAACAGCAGCAAGGCCAGCAGCCUUUGCAGCAGCAGCAGCAGCGCAAUGCCUACAAUCGGUUCUCACUCUAGAGUGAGUACUCUGUGCACUUGAGUAAACUGGCAGAGGAGUUUGUGUGUUCAAGUGCACUUAGUACAGAAGUUACAAUGAAGUCUGUGUACUUCUGUACUGCGCAUCUGGAAGGUAUUUCUCCUUAUGAACUUCCUUUGAGAAAUACUUGGGUCCUUAGCUUGGAAGAGCUUCUUUUCUUGUUUCUUCUUAAACCAAGUUCUCUAUCUUAUAUUUAACAUUUCCAUUGUAUUAUUAUUUUCUGUUGGUGACCAUUUUCUUUUUCUCUGAAGAAUAGCCACAUAUUGGGACCUUUGAAUCAGUAUAUUUGGCUGCUUUGCUACCAGAAUCCAUCACUUGCUGCCUGGCACAGACCUAGAAUCCUGAGCUCACCAGUCAGUGCUAGCUCCAUCCAGGGUAGGGCAGUGGGUCCUGUGGAGUGUCUCCAAGCCACCGCGCCUGCCACGCCAGUGUAGCCUCUCGAACGCCUCCCAUGCUAGCAACAGCCCUAAAUUGUUUUGAUAUUUAAUCGACCCAGAGAGCUCCCAAGUAGUUACAUAGACAAAUUAAAGGUUAAUAAUAGGUGUUUUUUUCUACCAUGUGUGUGUAUAAUCCAGACUUUCUACAUUGUUUCUAAACAUAGAAUGUGGUUCACAUUUUAUGUCAGUGUUUUGAGUUAAAGGGGACAGAUCUCUUUGGCUUGAUUCUACUCAAGUUAUGGGAUGCUACACUGAGAGAGUAGUGUCCAUGACACAACCUCACUUAUUGGGAUGCUCAGGGAUAGUUUUCUGGUUAGCCAGAAAAGACCUUUUCUGUAUCAGUCCUGGUUAAAAACCAUGUACUACAUUUCCUGGUCUUAACACUUCAUGCCAGGAAUAAUUUAACUGUGGAUUUGAAACCAUGUAGUGCUUAGAGAUCUCAGUUAUAAUAAGUAUCAGGACGAUCACAGGACUGCAGCUAGCAGAGCAUUCAGUUGGGCUGGAUGCAGCCCCUCGGAGGAAGCAUGCGUGUGCCCUGGGAUUCCCUUUGUUAAUAAAUCUCUCACUUUCAUA